UUCCAUGGGUUGAUUUUGAAUGGUUGUGUUGAGCACGAGAUUGUUCAAUACGCCUUGCCUCAGUUUCAACUCAUGGCUGAGAGAGUUGGACUCUUCUUUUGGAACAGUCGAACUUAUGGAGAUUCUCGACUCUUCAAGUUAGCACAUCUACUCAUGAAGAUUAUUCCAAUUGAACUGGAGGUGAUGCAAAUAUGUUAUACAAGUUUGAAAGCUUCAACUUCAGCAGAAGUUGGAUGCUUCAUUAAGAAUCUCCUGGAAAUCUCUCCGGACAUUCUUAGAGAGUAUCUGAUUCAUCUACAAGAGCACAUGGUAAAUGUCAUUACAACUCCAGGGGCACGAAACAUUCAUGUCAUGAUAGAGUUCCUUUUAAUUGUUCUUACUGAUAUGCCCAAGGACUUUAUUCAUCAUGACAAAUUAUUUGAUCUUUUGGCACGUGUUGGAGAACUAACCAUGAAAGUAUCAACUCUUAUUCGUGACUUGGAAGAAAAAUCAAGGAAUGAAGAGAGUAUUGAUGAAACAAGUCGUGCAACUCUAGACUUGCUGGAAAAGAUUGAACUCCUCAAGGAAGAUCUCAAACAUGUUUAUUUGAAAGUGCCAGACUCAUGUCAAUGGUGCCUCCCCAUGAGCGAUGGACCUCUCUUCAUGCAUCUGCUGCACAGACACCUAAUGAUUUGCUAGAUUCCAAUGCUUAUUCAAUUGCUUUGAUAAAGGAAGAAAUUGGGCUGGUGAAGGAGGACCUAGAAUUCAUAAGAUCGUUCUUCGGGAAUGUUGAGCAAGGAUUGUAUAAAGAUCUAUGGGCAUGUGUUUUAGAUGUGGCAUAUGAGGCUAAAGAUGUCAUCGAUUCAAUUAUCGUAAGAGAUAAUGGUCUCUUACAUCUAAUUUUCUCACUUCCCAUCUCCA